UUUCAAGGUGUCCUUAUCUUGUACAUAAUCAUCAACAUCAUUUUUGUUCCUUUCACUGCCGUCUUGAACGCGCUGGUGAUGAUCGCCGUGAAAACGAAAUCCCGAUUAAGGGCGCAAAAAUCGAACAUCGUAUUAGCUAUGCUUGCAUUGACUGAUUUUUUUGUUGGAAUACUUGCUCAGCCCAUCUUCACUGCAGGGAUGAUAUCUGUCCUACUUCAGGAGAGCGUUUGCCAGUCAGGCGUUAUUCAAAUUGGUUUUAUAGUUCUCGCAAACUGCUUGUUUACUAGCUCAGUACUUCACCUGGCUUUAGCGAGCGGCGAGCGCUAUGUAGCCAUUAAAUACCCAUACCAAUACAUCACCAUCGUCACCGAGUCUCGUUUACUGGUUGCUUCUCUACUAACGUGGCUUCUGGCUGUGACGGUGCACAUUGCACUUGCUAUUAACACUGGUGUAUUUUUUAGCAUCAACAAUACAGUUAUCGGUCUGUCUGUUGCUGUAAUUGUGUUCUGUCAUUUGUCAGUGUUCCUCGAAACUCGCCGACACGAACAGCAAGUCGCAGCGCAGCAAAUUAGAGAGGAAGCCAGAAAACAAUUUGAAAAAGAUAAAAAGGCCUUGAAACUAACAUCUACCAUAAUUGGGGUUCUUUUACUUUGUUAUUCUCCGUUCAUGUUUUGUGGAACUGUCCUUUUCAAUUUUUAUACGCCCUCCUUAAAUACCUUUUAUACAAUUGUCUUUUUCGCUCUCACAGUAGUGUUUUUGAACUCGUUACUAAAUCCUGUAAUUUACUGUAUCAGAAUCAGGCAGUUUCGAGUAGCAAUAAUUGAGUUAACAUUUAGAAAUGUGAACUUAGCGAGGGCUGAAGAAAUUGGAAGGCGGUGGUUUGGCGCACAAAACGCUGUAAUUGGACGCGAAGCUGGGCAAGAUCAAUGAAGUCCAGGACAACUCAACAUGGAAGGAUCUAGUGUCAACUAGAAUCGAUAUUUCAUUAUAACAAUUAUACUAACAUUUUUUUCAAACGAACCUGUCGAGCUUUUUAACACGGUUCAUUUUAAGAACAAAAACAAGCAGCAUCUGUCGGCUCUUUCUCGUUUUAAAAAAAGUAGUUUUAAGUCGGUUUUUGAAUGCUAAAAUCCGAGCGCUGUUUCAACGCUAGCAGAUAGGCUUACAAAUGGCCAAUUAAACUGGUGUUAUGUAAAUUUUAUCAAACAUAGUUUAAAUCGAGAAAUAAAACAUAUGAUAUAUACUUUUUUUAUUUUGCGUAUAUUUCAACUUCCAUUUUGGUUUUUUACAACGCCAUGGAGCGUUUCCACUCAAGUGGACAGCAUCUUUGCAAAUUUAUUGCAACAAAGAAAACGUUUACAUGAGAAAAGAGUUCAACUCCGAGAGGAAUUGUUUGGAACACUAACAUGGCCGCCGUUUCAUUGUUUUGGAACACCAAUAUGGCCACCGUGACGUCAUGUGAAAAAGAUCCAUAAUUUGUGAGAUCUCGAAAAGUACAUGUCAACUGAUGAGCUUAUUAUUUUAAUUUGGGGAAAAUGGUACGAAUAAAAAAAGAGUGAAUAAAGCUGGAAUUCUUGAAAUUUCACGCCUGCGUUUGGCCAUUUCGUUGUUAUGGAUUUUGUUAUGGCUGUUUCUUGCCGUUUUCUUCGAUAUUUCUUUCCGAUACUUUGCGUUAACAAACAGUCCCCUAUGUCCCGUUCUUUGCUAUUUCUGUUUAAAAAAAAAAGACAUGAAAAACUUUCGUAUUUUUGUGUAUUUUAUAAAAGAAACAGAUCGGUUGUUUUAACCGGCAGAAUAUUUAAACCGCACUUUUGAUGUUGAGUGAACUAGUUUGAAAAUCACUCGCCUUCGACUCCUUCUUUAUAAGAAUCUUAUUUAAGUAUGUUCUCCUACUUCCCUUAUGAAUUUAUUACGCUGAUAAAACCCGUAUAAAGUUCGAUAUAAUACUUAUUUGCCCAAAGCUUUCUUGAUAUGCACUGUGUGGUCACCCUUACGACAAACUUCAAGAUUUAUCGUGAUUCUCCUCCAGACAGCUAUUAAAACAGAAGUCGUCAUCAGUCAUUUUCCAAAUCACGUCCUUUCUAGUCGCUAUAACCGUUUAGCACAAAUACUUCAAAUAAAAAGAAAGCAACGGAAAAUUAAUUUUUGAUGGAUGUAUAUUACAGUACAAAAACAAUAAAUUUUGUUUCCAUGUAAAGGAUUUCGUUUCUAGCUUUUGAUAACAAAUGUGAUCCACAAAGACACAACGCUUAAUAGUCCUUUAUAGUGAUUUCAUCAUAACAAGCUGCGUUACUUUCCGUAUCGUUUUUUUACAUGCGAAAUGCGCUGUUUCGACUGCAACGCAAACCACAAUUUGAGUAUAUAUUUAAACCCGAGGAAUUAGCUGUAUUAAACCUCUGAGUUUGUUUUGUUGUUUGUCAUAUCUUUGGACUUCCUUUUGCUUUUUAAACAAACGAAGCAAUGUUUUCGUGUUUCUUUCAUUGAGAUUUUACUUGUUUAUCACGUCAAUCUUAUUUUGUCGUUGGUCUAGCCUGCUAUAGUUAUCUUCCUGAAACUAGAUCAGUUUCGUUUCUGCGUGUGAAGUAACUGAAAUUGAAAAGCAUUUUAAAUAAGUCACCGAUAUAACUAAAAUGAAGAUUUUUUUACAAGGAACUACACCAGUGUUUAUGAAGAAUUAAUUGAGUAUUAAAAUUCGUUUCUGCGUGUGUGUAUGUGUUAUUAAAAUAAAGUUUAUUUAAGAGAAACCAUACAAGGAUUAUGCGUUUUCUUUUUUACAAAGACCAAACGAAAGACCAAUUCACUAAGAACACUAAACCAAAAUCUGCAGUGCAAAAAGAAAGAAAACCAAUAUUAAAAAUGGCUUAAAGUCAAAACGAAAAUCCAAGUCGGCCCCGCUAAACAAAGAAUAGGUUUUGACCAAUAACAACUCACGUGGUUUGUAAUGUUAUAUACAGCGAGUGGUAAAUUCGCUCGUAACAGAAAUAGGAAAGACGGUUUCAGCCUUAAAGGGUGCUAAAACGAUUCGUCUCUUCGUUCUUCAAAUUCCGUGGCAAAGAAAACUUGAAAGAAGUGAUGAAUUCAAGUCAAGCAACAAACGAGUCCGUCCCCUCUUCUUGCCUGGCCGCUGAAAGGAUGUUCGGAAAUCUUCAGCAGCCUUCCUUUUUCUUUCAAGGUGUCCUUAUCUUGUACACAAUCAUCAACAUCCUUUUUUCUCCUUUCACGGCCGUCUUGAACGCGCUGGUGAUGAUCGCCGUGAAAACGAAAUCCCGAUUAAGGGCGCAAAAAUCGAACAUUGUAUUAGCUUUGCUUGCAUUGACUGACUUUUUUGUUGGAAUACUUGCUCAGCCCAUCUUCACUUCAGGGACGAUUUCUAUCUUGCUUCAGGAAAGCGAUUGCCAGUCAGGUGUCAUUCAAAUUGGUUUCAUAGUUCUCGCAAACUGCUUGUUCACUAGCUCAGUACUUCACCUGGCGUUAGCGAGUGGCGAGCGCUAUUUAGCCAUUAAAUACCCAUACCAACACAUUACCAUCGUCACCGAGUCUCGUUUGCUGGUUGCGUCUCUUCUAACGUGGCUUCUGGCUGUGACGGUGCACUUUGCACUUGCCAUUAACACGGAUGUAUUUUUUAGCAUUAACAAUACAGUUAUCGGUCUGUCUGUUGCUGUAAUUGUGUUCUGUCAUUUGUCAGUGUUCCUCGAAACUCGCCGACACGAACAGCAAGUUGCAGCGCAGCAAAUUACAGGGGAAGCCAGAAAACAAUUUGAAAAAGAUAAAAAGGCCUUCAAACUAACAUCUACUAUAGUUGGGGUUCUUUUACUUUGUUAUUCUCCGUUGAUGUUUAGUAGAACUGUCCUUUUAAACUUUUUAGAGCCCUCCUUAAAUACCUUUUAUAUAAUUGACUUUUUCGCUCUCACGGCAGUGUUUUUGAACUCGUUACUAAAUCCUGUGAUUUACUGUAUCAGAAUCAGGCAAUUUCGUGUCGCAAUGAUUGAGUUAACAUUUAGAAAUGUAACGUCAGCAAAGGCUGAAGAAAUGGAGAUGCAGGGGUUUGGAGCAAAAAAUGUUGUGGUUGGACGCGAGACUGGGCAAGAUCAAGGAAGGCCAGAACAACAAAAUACGGAAAGAUUAAAUGCCAGCUAA